CUUCGUCCUGUGGCGUCAUUUCCUGCCGCCAUUUGACUUGCAGGGGCAGCGCCAUGACGGACCGCUACACCAUCCACAGCCAGUUGGAGCACCUCCAGUCCAAGUACAUCGGGACGGGCCACGCCGAUACCACCAAGUGGGAGUGGCUGGUCAACCAGCACCGCGACUCGUACUGCUCCUACAUGGGCCACUUCGACCUGCUCAACUACUUCGCCAUCGCCGAGAAUGAGAGCAAGGCUCGCGUCCGCUUCAACCUGAUGGAGAAGAUGCUGCAGCCGUGCGGGCCGCCCGCCGACAAGCCCGACGAAUCCUAACCCGUUGCCCUGCACACCGGCUCCGGGCUGGCUGUGACUCCACACGCCGCGGGGAGAUGGUGGGAGCCGCCCCGAUCCUCGUGUCCACCGAAGGGAGCUGCAGGGAGAAGGAAGCUCUGUGUAACGCCCUCUCUUGGACACUUUCGUUACGCUCAGUUGCACGGCUGUUCGCCCUUUGUGGUUUUUUUUUAAUGGGAAAUAAAAUCCGCUGUCUGUUUCUAA